UAUCAAUCAAACUUCUAGGAACGGAUUAUAAAUAAAUAGUAAUUAUUCUAGCAUUUUUUAUUCUUUCUUUUGCUCAUAGCCUCAUAUAUAAUGGUUCCAAACAUAUUAAUGUUAUAUGAGUUCCAUUGUAUCUACAUAUAUAUAGAGAGAAAGAGUGUUUUUUCAUUUGUAUAGAUUGAAAUCCAAAUGUGUAUUGAAUACGUAUACAUGCAUUUUAGGUAUAGCCUACAAAAAGAAACUCUGAUUUCUAAUUUGGAUGUAUAUAAUAACCAACUACAUCCACCUAUUCUUUUUUGUAACCACAUCCACCUAUUCUUCUCAGACUCUUUUCUACUCACACUAAAUCAAAAACACAAAAUAUAUUUCCCUCUCUAAACAUCUUCCCACCAAAGUAGCCCUUUCGUAACAUUUGAUGGAUCACUCAUCUUCUUCGGAAUCACAUCUUGAUGACUACAGGAGAAGGCCUCAGGCCAAGGCCACAGCGAGAGCAGUGAAUAAUAAUAAAAAUAUCAAGAAGAAAAGAGUCAAAGAAGAUCUUGAUGAUGAUGAAAAGAUUAAUGUUUCAAAGCAUCAAAGUUUUAGAGGGGUGAGAAUGAGGCAAUGGGGAAAAUGGGUCUCGGAGAUCAGAGAGCCAAAGAAGAAAUCUAGAAUCUGGCUUGGUACCUUCCCCACGGCGGAGAUGGCUGCUCGUGCUCACGACGUGGCGGCUUUAGCCAUAAAAGGUGACUCUGCUCAUCUCAACUUCCCGGAGCUAGCCUACCACCUCCCUAGACCGGCUAGUGCCCACCCUAAAGACAUCCAAGCAGCCGCAGCGGAGGCUGCAGCUUCAGUAGUCAUUGAUAUGGACAUAGAGACGUCGUCACCUUCUACCGGAGCCACGGAACUGUCGCCUCCUGCUGUGGCCUCAACAGCCGAUGACGCGUUCUCCGACCUUCCGGACCUCUUCCUCGACGUGAACCACAAAAACGAUGGCUUUUGGGAGUCCUUCCCUUACGAGGAACCCUUCUUCUCGGGAAGUUACUAGAAAACAAAGACGGUGUGGUCUUUGUUUCGUUUUUUUUUUGUCAUGUGAAACUUUUUGAGGUGAAAAAUCACCUGUUGAUUCAAAUAGUAUAAUUAUUUGUUUUUUUUUUCUCUUUUUAUUUCUUUUUUUGUAAAACUUUUACGUGGGUAAAUGCAUGUGUGAUAUGUAAGUUUUUUUUUUGCUUAAAGAUAUGUAAGCUAUAAAUGUUAUUUGUUUUGUAACAAAGUCCCAUUCUUGUGUGUAGGCCUGUUGUUUCUUACAACUGUUUAUUUCCCCUAAAGUUUUUCAGAUGUACAUUUCUGACCACUAAAUUUACUUUUAAGUCUGACACUGCUUUUUUCCUCCAAUAUAAAAGCUGGCAUAUGAAAAGAAAUCAAGAUAUUUUUGUCUGUGACAUUGAUGUGUCUAUCUAAUCAAAGAGAAAUAAGUUUGCAUUUCAAUUCAUAGCGAAUAAACUCGAACAGUAAUAAGGGCAUUUUAAUUAUAUUUUAUAUUUCCAAUUUAUUUUGAAAUAAAAAAUUUUCAACCCUAUUUUAUUUUCCAAACCAAAAUAGAAUAGAGUAUCACUUAAUUCUAUUUUAAAAUGUAUAUUUAAAGAAAAAAUAGAAUACUACAUUAAAAUGCUUUAAUUGACUAUUUGAUAGAAAGUAGCACCCAAAUAGUACAAUAAAAUGAGAAAAAUGAGGUAAAAUAGCACUAGGGACAAAUUUUGUUAUUUUUUCUAUUGAAUUUCUUUAUUUAAUCUUUCUGUCAUUCUCCAGUUUUUCAUUUUUGGCAAAAUUCUGUCAUUUUCCAGUUUCCAAAUUGAUUCGCUAUCUCCUCUUUGCUGUGAGAUUUUGGCCCUUAUAAAGUUUUCUUUUUGAACAUUAAGUCUAUAAAGUUGGGAAAAAAAUGACCCAUUGGACCAUUUGUUUUAAUACGUGUGAUGUCUCUAAUGUCCUUUUUGUUGAAACUAAUUUUCAUUGGAAAACUACAUUUUGUCUCUAUUUUUAAUGCUAAUUUAUUAUGGUAUUAUAAUUAUAAAAAAUUAAACAGACGAUUCGACAACCGAUAAUACUAUUUGUUUUAUGAAGAUCUACGUCUAAUUACAUCACAUGAACCGUCGAUCCACGACUUACCGGUUUUACUUGCACCAUGUUGAAAUCCAUUGUAAGAUUUUCUUCCGUAAUUAUUUUUUCCGGGAAUUAAAACUUGGAUCUCCAUAUUUUGUCUUUAAACCUUAACAACUAGGCUACGGUGCGUCCACACAUUUUGUCUCUAUCAGGUCUCUAUAUUUACAUAUUCGAUAAUUAUGAGUAUUAUUUUCGUCAUUUAGAAUAACGGUCGACAGUGACUAUAAUCAUAUUGAAAAUAUGAAAACUAUCUUCUGAAUUAACUAGGUGAUGGUAAAUUAGUCUAAUUAUUUUGAAUCUGGGCUUGUAUCUAUGUUGAUCCUAAAUUUGAUUCAUGCCUGAAACUAAAUUAUCAGGACAGUCUAGAUUUGAGUUUAAAUCAAAGUGGUUAACAUUUUGGACCGUAACAAACUAUCAGUAAAUUCGCUGACAUUAGUCCAAAGGUAUUUCAAACCUGAGCCAUGUAGUACUAUUUCGGAUUAAUUACUAUAUAAAAAUUAAAUAUAUUUCUUUGAAACCGAUUUGAUCAGCCGAUAAAACAAAUAAAAAUGAUUAAAAAAAAUUAAUAAUCAUUAUGCAUUGUGAACAAUGAAUUGUUUGUUUAUGCCUCUUUUAAGAAAAAAUAAAAUAAAAAGUUAUACAAAUUAAGGUUUUACGUUUGAAUUUACAUGUAUAAUCUUCCUAAAUAUUUUACUCUAAGGCCCCAACUGAGAUGUGAAUGUCAUAUAUAUAUAUAUAUAUAAUUGUAUAUAUACAUAUAUGACAGACUAUAAUAGAUUGCUGUCGAAAUCAAUCAAUUUUUAAUCAAAAAGUUGGUGCUGGAAAUACAGACAAAAAUACCGCUGAAAUAUUUAUGAUUUAUCUAUUGUAGAACCAAGCAAUAAACACAAACAAAUUAUCGAAUUAUUGUAAAGUUUAUUUUUUUUAUUAAAAAGUUAAUGUACAAACAUAUCUCUGCGCAAAGAGCAACUAAUAAAAGUACCCCAUGACAAGAAUGUUUGUUUGAUACAUUUAUACUCCUCCAUUCUUUAAAAAAAUUGUUUCAAAAAUAUGUAUGUUUGAAAUUUUAUAACAAUUUUUAUAAAGUAAACCUUUUAAAAAAAUAACUGUAUAUUUUAAAAUACUAUUGAUUUAGAAUUAUGUGAAAUAGGUAAAUACAAAAAAAUAUACAUUUAUUAGCAACACUUAUUAUAUUUUCUUAAUAUGUUAUCUUUUAAGAACGGAGAGAGUGUAUUAUAAAAAAAAUAACAAAUUUAAGUUACAAAUUUGGUUAUAUAUACACAUACUAUGACGUCAAAAUAAGAUAUCAAGCGAAGGUAUCACAAAACAGAACUUUUCAUAACCUGUCUAAACCCCAAUUGCUUACCUAUAUUUUUCUUAUUGAUUUAAAUUUUUUUUAGUUUAAUGAUAUUUUAAUUUGAAAUCAUUAAAUUAAAAUUAAAUGAUAUUCAAAUUGAGUCUCCAUAUGAUCUAAUACAUGAUGGAUACGUAAACAGGCUAACAAUAAUGUUCGUCUCUCAACAAAAUGAAAAUUCAAUGUUAAUGCAAGGCCCCAUUAGCGACAUCAAAAUAAGUAAAUAAGGCCCAUCAUAGUUUUAAAAGCCAAUUUGCCUACAAAAAAAUGGGGCUCAGGUGAACAAUUUUAUAAAAUAAUAUGUCAAAAUACAAUUUUACAGAAACAUUGGGGAUGAAAACAAAAAGUAGAAUGGACUUGGGAUUCAAACAAGGGUCAAAACGUUAAAGCGAGCUAAGCCGGGAAAAGGGGAAUAAUAACCCCUAAAACUUUCCGGCGAGAGAUGAAAAGAACUUCAAACAUGUGAACAUACGAGAUACUAUCACGAGAUGGUAUAUAAUCAGAUUUUACUCCAACUUGAACUUGCUGCGGGAAAUUAGCCCUUAUUGAACUUGAACCACUGUUUGUUGUCUAGAUAUAAAACCACAAAGGAUACAUAACAUGUCUUCCAACGGCUCUAUCUCGAACCUUUACAUUUCGUUUGUUUUUGAUUAAAAAAUACUUUAUCUGAUCAUAGGCUCUGUUGGAGCAAAAUCGUCAAUCCUUAUUAUAAGGUUGCCUAAAAUUAGAGUAUUUUUUAUUACAUAAUCAAGCAAUCUACAAAGUGCCGACAAAUCAGGCAUUCAAAUUGAAGGAUAUGUUAUUAUUAAAAACUCACAAUGUUACAAAUAAGAUAAAUAAGCAUUAAACCGAUCGGUCUUGCAAUGACGAAUGAUGAUGACAAACCAACAAACCACAGAGAAAUUUGGACUCGAUUCAACAACCAGCAUUGCCUAAUAAAGCACAAAGACAAAAGAUUGCAACACUAUACAAUCAAUCCGAAAGAUACAAUUCAACUCUUAUCAAAAACGUAGAUUGAAACAAUAACAAAACAUAAACAAAAAUAACUAAAACAGAAUUAAUAAAAGGGUAAUAACUAAUAACCAUCAGGAACCAAAAGUUAUCAUCAAAAAAAAUAUACAGUCCGCAUCAAGGUCAAAUCAUUAAUAAUGACCGUCAUUUGGUUAUUAUUAAACCUUUUUUUUUACAAAAAUUAUUAUUAAACCUUUCUCUAUACAAAAUUCAAAUAAAAUUUCUAAAAAAAAAGGCUCAGAUAAAAUAUGGGUAGAGAUAGUUAUCAGCACAAAAUCAGAGUGGUGCAUGACAUUCUCAAUCAUCACUGCCUCUAUAGUCUCUAACAAAACAAAACACUAAU